UCAUGCAAUCUUUACCCUGGUUGGCUAUAAAGAGAGUUUAUUGUCCAUCGUAUCUCACAUUGUUUAAUAAAGUCCUUUGUGUGCGGUCGAUUUGCAGCAGAAGAUGCAACAAUCAUGAGAGUGACGCUAUUUACUGUGGCCAUUCUAUUGGCCUGUUGUAUGUACACUGAAGCCUGGAGAAGCAAUCGGCGGACCUAUAAGCCUAGACCAAGACCACCAGACCCACGCCCUAUUUCUCGUAGUCUAAGACCGGGCCCUACUUUUCCAGGCCGGCGUUACAAAAGAAGUGACGAUCAACAUGAAGAACAACUGUACAAUGUUGAACUUCAAGCUAAUCCAUGUGACUUUAUAACAUACGAUGUUGAUGGAAAUGGCGAAAUAGCUCUCAAAGAAUUGCAUGCUAUCCUUGGUGACAACAAAAUGGUACUAAAUCUUUUCCUGGACCUUGAUUAUAAUGAAAAUGGAGUUAUUGAAGCAGAAGAAUUCGAUGAGCAAGCUCCUCAGUUCAUUAGAGCAUGUGCUGACCUUGACACAGAUAAUGAUCUGGACACAGUUGAUUAGGAUUAAUGAAUUUCAAAGUGUUUUCUUUAAUUUGACUAUAGAACAUUUGAACCGACAUACCUUUUCUAUAGUUCCUUUAUUUUAAUAUUCUUUUGUACAAGGCUUUUGGAACAGCAUUGUUUUCAAUUACUCUAAUUAUGUCUGUAUUACAUGUAUUACCCGAGUUGUAAGAGUCUUCUUUUUUGAUAAUAUGUAUGAAUGUGAUGCAUUGAUUAAACAAAAGGAAAUACUCAA